UACAAUCACAAUACAAUUUUGUAUGGUUACAGCAGUUACAUUUGCAUCAUUCCUGACGUAUUUUAAAUAUAUAAACCUAGUAUUUUUGAAAUGAUUAUUAUAAUACCCUGUGAACUUCCAUGACUUCUCCUAGUUGUUUUCCAUGUUCCUUUUCCAUCCUAUAAAUACACAAAGUCCACGGCUAUUCUGCUAUCAUUCUCAAUCUGCACGAAAAGCCAGAGAUCAGAAAACAAGUCUAAAAAGCAACGUUUUUGAGUUGUGCUCCAAAUUGAAAAAAAUGCAGAAAGAACAACAAAAAGAGUAUUUAGAUUCGAUGACGUGUCCAAGCUUCAACUACUACACCACCGUUCAACUCGCCGUCGUCGAUAAUCAGGUUGGACAAGAUCACAACAGGACUCAAAACGACGACGCCAGUUUCGAGUUUGCCGCGUUUCGAGACGAAGCCUGUUUCGACGACGCGUUUUUCCCCAUAUUCAACCACAAGAUACAGAAUAGACAAAGGAGCAGCAUCGCCGGCGGACGCGAUUCCGGCACGGCGGUCCUCCGGUUCCCUAUCACCGGAGACGAUAUUCACCGCAGCGAGCACAAUCCUUUACCGGCGCCGCUGUCGGAUUCUUCGUCGUCGUCGUCGGAGGUGGAUGAAUUGGAGGGAGUCCCGGCGGCGACUUACUGCGUGUGGACACCGAAUUCGCCGAGAAAAUGCAAGAAGAGCAAUUCGACAGGGUCGUCGUCAAAGAAGUGGAAGCUUCUUGAUUUGCUUCGGCGGAGCAAUAGCGAGAGGAAGGAAUCGUAUCUGUUCCUGACGGCGGCGUCGGAGAAGAAAAGGAUGAACGAGCGGUGGAGCAUAGAGGUCGCUGGAAAACCGAAAGACAAUGGUUUCGCUGAGAAGAAAAAGGCGGCAGUGACAGCGCACGAGGCUUUAUAUGUUAAGAACAGAGAAUUGAGAAUGAUCGAUAAGAAGAAGUCCUUUCUACCGUAUAAGCCUAACUUGGUUGGGUUCUGCACAAGACGUUUUGGCAAGACAUUCUCUUCAUUCUGAAGACUUUGUUCAAUGAAUCUAUUUUCAAAUGUUCUUUCCAGUGAAAAACGAAAACGGGAUUGGAGAAGUUAGAUUAGAUUAAGUUUGGUCUUUCUUUUUGGCAUUUUUAUUUAUCUGAUCAUGAUUCAUGUACAAAGGGUGAAAUGAAUCAAAUGAAUGAUUGAUGA